AUGAGAAUGUUCGAGAUUGUAACAUUUAAUGUUAGUUUCGGUGGAUAUUGGGUGAAGAAAAGAAGCGGUGAUGUUGGCUAUAUUGGUAGAGAUGUGAAAACAAUUGAAUGCAAACCAGAGGAGUUGUUCAUAUCUUUAUUAGAUGAGUUUGGGGAGGGAUUAUAUGUCCAGAGGUUGUGGUACACGCUUCCUUUUGAGAAUCACAAGGAUAGAAAGAAACUGAGCUAUGUUAGAGAUGAUGAUUUCAGAAUGAUGUGUAAAGCGGGUGAGUGGAAAGGAGUUGUUAAUUUGUUCCUAGUGAACUCAGUAGAUCAUCCCGACGAAGAGCAGGUUCAGGAACUCCGCGAAGAAGAGAUCCGAGUAGAAAGAAAUGUUGAUGGAUUUGUUGAUGAAGAUGAAGAUUUUGACUAUCAUAACACACCUCCCAAUUCUGAUGGUGAGGAAGAGGAGGAUAUGCUGAGGUUCAAACCAAGGAGUGGUCACCUAGAGCUAAGGCAAGUGUUUGACACAAUUGAAGAUUUCAAAGAUGCAUUAGUUGAGUAUGCUUUGAAGGGAGGGUGGAACAUUAAGCGGAAUAAAUGGGGGAAAAUUAAAUGUGGGGCUGUGUGUGGGUCUAAAGACCAGUGCUCAUGGAGAAUCUAUUGCUCUUAUGAAGAGAGAUAUGGGAAGUGGAUGGUGAAGACAUAUGAAGAUAAGCACAAAUGCCAAAAGGACGGGUAUUGUAAGAUCCUAAAGUCGGGUGUGAUUUUGAAGCUCUUCAUGGAGGAGAUUAGGAAUGAUGUUGAGUUGAAGCCUAAGUAUAUGCAAGAGCAGAUUGAGCAAAGGUUCAACUUGAUAACCACGAUUGACAAGUGUGAGAAGGCGAAGAAUAAGGCUAUAACCAUCAUCAACCGUGAGCAAGAAGAGCAGUUUAGUAGGCUAAGAGACUAUCGACUUGCGAUUCUAGAUACCAAUCCAGGAUCAACUGUGGAACUAGACAUGGUCUUAGAUGAUGAUGGAGCUGAAGUGUUUCACAGAUUCAAUGUGUGCUUUGCAACCAUCCGAUCCUUGUGGAGUAUUUGGUGUCGGCCCAUCUUUGGAUUAGAUGGUUGCUUCCUCAAAUGCACAUUAAAAGGUCAGCUCUUGGCAGCUGUAGGAAGAGAUGCAAAUAACGGAAUGUACCCAAUUGCUUGGGCCGUUGUUGAUGUAGAGAAUGAGGAUAAUUGGACAUGGUUUCUACAGAAACUGCAGAGUGAUUUUAACCUACAAAAGGGCUUAGUAAAGGCUGUCGAGAUGAUUUUACCAGACGUUGAACACAGGAUGUGUGCUCGCCACAUAUAUGGUAAUCUGAAGGAACUCUUUCCUCGCCAAGCUGAGAUGAAGGAUUUGUUUUGGAGAGUUGCUGAGAGCACCACAGUCCGUGAGUAUGAAGCUAGUCUUGAGGCGGUUAAGAGGUAUGAUAUACGUGUGUUUGAAGCCAUGAUGGAGAAAAAUCCUAAGAAUUGCAGUCUCGCUUUCUGUUCUCUAAUGUCUUCUUGUUUGGACGUACACAACAACAUCUCAGAGUCAUUCAACAACGCCAUUGAUCCUGCGAGAUACAUGCCGAUGGUUGAGAUGCUUGAAACUAUUAGAAGAGCAACUAUGGUUCGUAUCGAUCUGAGAAAGAGGAUUGCAGCUGAGAGUGCUAGUAGGUUCCCUUCUAGAAUCACAAAGCUCAUAGAUGCUGAGCAGAGAAAGCUGAAAUUCUGCAAGAUAAUCCCCAGAGAAAGCUGA